UUCGUCCUUUGGCCCUUGACCGGAGCACAGUUGCUCGAGUAUCUGCGGUUGAUCUUAAUCGGAAGAAGCUGUCCUUUAUCAGAAUCGAUCCACUUGGAGGACGUGGUGAAAAAAAUUUGAAACGGAGUCCCGCUGAGUUGAUCGAAGAAGCACAUCUUCGCUACUGAGAGGUGAUUGACGAUCCCCGAAGUGUUCAGCAAGGUAUUGCCCCUACUUGCUUCAAACGCGCGAAUAGAAAUACGAUAGACGCGCUUGAUAUCUAGGUAUUUGUUGCCUGUCGGAAUAGUAGGCGUACGAGCCGAAAUCCGCCCCGAGCACCGAUAUGGAUGAAACGAACAGGAACAGUGCGAAGCUAGCUAUCGAAGCGGCCAGACUACAGUCUGCCGCAGCGGACAAAGACAAGCAGGACCACGACACCAAGGAGUCGUACAAGAAGCUCUCCGAGGCAGAACUCGAGCAACGGGUCAACGCACCAGCAUCGACGGCACAGGUACCGGUCACAGCGAAUACUGACGGGAACGGUUCCGCAAUGGUGCGCGAAAACGGCAACUGCAAAGAUGGCGAAGACGAGCGCAUGCUCAACGGGGGCGGCGGCGAUGCCGAAAAGGAGAAACUGACCCAGAAGGAAGUCGAGGUGAAAUUCGUUCCGGAGAAGAAUGGCGACGCCCGGAUCGACAUGGAGGUGGAGAGCGAGCAAACCUUCUCCGGCAUGACCAAGGAAGAGCUGAUGAAGUUUGCCAACGAUCCCUUCUGGGUGCGGCUCCGCUGGUUCCUGUUCGUGGUAUUCUGGGCCCUGUGGGUGGGCAUGCUGCUCGGUGCGGUCUACAUCAUCAUGGAUGCCCCGAAGUGUGCAGCUCCGGUACCGCUGACCUGGUACCAGGAGGGACCGCUCGUAACCGUUGACGAACGCAACUACAAGGACCACGUCGAUACGCUGCAAAAGUUCGGUGCCAAGGGUGUCAUCUACGAGCUGCCGGCAGACGAGACCUACCUCGUCAAUACGCCCGCCAUCGAGGACAAGAUUAAGGCGCUGGUCGGAACGUUCAAUGCCAAAGACAUCAAGGUCAUCUUGGACCUGACGCCCAAUUUCGUCACCAAGGACGACCAACUGUUCAAGGACGCUCUGGAGGGCACGGAUCCCGCUUCGCGGUCCGCCUUCGUCUGGAAGCAAACCGGAACGGCUCCCACGAACUGGCUUGCGCUGGAAGGUGGUUCCGCGUGGCAGGAAGUUGCCUCGCAACAAUUCGUCCUGUCGCAGUUCGGUUCCCAUCGCGUCGACUUGCAGCUCAGCGAUCCGCUAGCCAAGGACAAACUCAAGACUACCCUGCAUCACCUGGCCCAACUCGGAGUGCGCGGAUUCCGAUUGGCCAACGCCAAGCACUUCAUCAUCGAUCACGACGGAAAAGACGAUAUCAUUGCCCAAGUCAACAACAAGGACGUCGAUCUUACGCAGUACGGGUUCUGGACACACUCGCAUACCACCUAUCAAGAAGGCUUGGGCGCAUUGCUGCAAGAAUUGGUUCUGGAGGUACAGAAUGCCACCAACGGCGAAGGCUUCCUCUCGGUGAGCGACGACAUUGUCCGUCCGGAAGUGUUCACUGUUGGCAACACCCUGGGAAUGGAUCUGCCUCAGUACGGAGACCUCGAAAGCGUCUUGCGGCAGCCAAUCGAAGCCGAUUCCGCCAAAAAAAUCCGAGAUGACGUUGCCAAGACCUACAACGAAAUCAAGGGCUACAACACUCCGACCGGUGGAAAGCCAUGGAUCCAAUGGCCAUACCAGAAGGACUCCCUAGCAAACGUAGCAGCUUCCGAGUACAACACUUUCAUGUUCCUGCUUCCGGGCGUUCCGGUCGUUCCACUGGACGUCCUCAACUACGGCAACUCAAGCCACUCGUUCAUCGAACACCUGGAGAAGUAUCGUGCAACUCCAUCGUAUCAGCACGGAACCUUCGGCAUUGCCACCGAUGCCAACGGAACUUGCGUUGGUUACACUCGGGAAUGGCAAAAAUCCGGCAACCCGGGUUACUUUGUCGCGCUGAACCUGGCCGACCAGGCCGUCCAAGCGGACUUCAGCGAUGUCGAGGGCAUCGCCGAGGAGCUGACGGUCGUUCUCACCAGUGAGAACUAUCAGGUGGCGGACAUUGCCGCCAAGAGCAAGGUACCGUCCAAGGCGGUACCACUGUCCGCCCGGUCGGCCCUAGUGACCACAUACGUUCCGAAGUGAAGACGGUGAAGCGAUGAAGCACAACACAAUGAAUUAGUCUCCCGGGUCUCGUAUGGAGGUGCAAGAGACAAUAAAUUAUUGAAAAAUUAAAAUGUAACACAUUACUAGGAGAACCAUAUCUAGCUUCGCAUGGCAACAUGAACAAAUUGAAUCAUAUGUAGUUCAAUGAACGAAUACAAGUUUAUUCAAGCAUCACAAA